UCUGGGCAUCGCCCCCUCCCUGCAGCCUCAGCGUGGGAACAGAGGGCGCUUCUCCUAAGGAAAAGCCUUGUGGAAGCAGCUGCAGGCUCGGCUGGCAGCCGAGGAGCCGGAGACGGCAGGGGAUUUUGGGGAGUCCCGAGGGAGCAAUCUGCAUUGUGCUGCUGCUCCCUCCUGCCAUGGAGCCGUGGGUGCUGCUGGAUCCGCGGCAGAAGGCUCUGUACCUUGACGUGAUGCACGAGAGCUACGAGACCCUCAUGUCCCUGGCAGCUCAGGGGCUGGUGAGUGAAAAAGCAGCGGAGAACAGAGCAUUGGAGAGCGGUGCUGGGCUCGGACCGCACUCACCCCACAGUUUGGAGCGGGAGAAGCCCCUCGGCUCCAACAGGCGCAAAUCGAAGCGCCCAGGCAAAGCCGUGCUCCCUAGUACUCCGAAACCCACCGUGCUCCCCAAACCUGGCUGUGUCAAACCCCUGCGUGGAAAAGGACCAGCCCGGGAGCGGCCAUUUGCCUGUGUCGACUGCGGGAAGAGCUUCCCCUGGGCAUCGCACCUGGAGCGUCACCGGCGCGUCCACACGGGCGAGCGGCCCUUUGGCUGCCCUGAGUGCGGUGAGACCUACAGCCAGAACUCCCACCUGCUGCAGCAUCGCCGCACCCACCUCAGCGACCGCCCACACAAGUGCGGUGACUGCGGCAAGCGCUUCGCCAUCGCGGCCGAGCUGGCGGCCCACGGCCACGGCCAUGCUGCUGACAAACCCCACAAGUGCGAGGACUGUGGAAAGGGCUUUGUGUGGGCAUCGCACCUGGAGCGGCACCGCCGUGUUCACACCGGCGAGAAGCCCUUUGAGUGCCCCGAGUGCGGCGAGGCUUUCAGCCAGGGCUCGCACCUCGCCAAGCACCGCCGCAGCCACACAGGCGAGCGGCCGCACCGCUGCCCGGCUUGUGGGAAGACCUUCUGCCAGAGCUCCGACCUGGCACGGCACCGUCACACACACCUGGGCAGGAAGGCCCUGCGCUGCGGGGACUGUGGGAAGCUGUUCCGGGCGGGCCCAGCACUGGCGCGGCACCAGCGGUGCCAUCGCCGGGAACACUUGCACCGCUGCACCGACUGCGGGAAGGGCUUUGUGUGGGCAUCCCACCUGGAGCGGCACCGGCGCGUCCACACAGGAGAGCGGCCCUUCCCCUGCAGCAGCUGUGGCGAGCGCUUCACCCAGAAGGUUCAUCUGCUGCAGCACCGCAAGACCCACUCGCCGGAGAGGCCCUACAAGUGUGGUGACUGCGGCAAGCGCUUUGGGGAAGCCCCCCCGUUCCUGGUGCACCAACGUGGCCAUGCCAUACAAAAGAGCUACACCUGUGGCGACUGCGGGAAGGGCUUUGCCUGGGCGUCCCACCUGGAGCGGCACCGCCGUGUUCACACCGGCGAGAAGCCCUUUGAGUGCCCCGAGUGCGGCGAGGCUUUCAGCCAGGGCUCGCACCUCACCAAGCACCGCCGUAGCCACCUCCCCAAGGCCGUGGGGCAGUCACCCCUCACCAGAACACAGCUCGCUGGGGACGUGACUGGAGCUCACAGCAGUGAGGACCAGUAAAGACCAAGAUUCUCCUCGGUGUGACGGAUGUGGAGAGAUAACAGAGGGAAAACUUGUCUUGGGGACAAGCCAAAGGACACCAAGUGGCGCUUGAAGGGCAUUGGGGUGAGUGACAGGGGUGCUUUUGGCACAGGGAUUUAUCUGCCCUGGUGUCUUCCCACAGCAAUGGGUGAAUGUUGCACUUGCUGCAGUCCAGACCCCAGAAAAGGGACAAUCUGGGGCAGAAGGAGCCUGUUCCUGAAGGAAACGGCACUUGGCUCCAUCGGGGAGGGAUGGGGGGACAAACAAACAGCAGGAAUAAACUGGGAGCCCUGUACCUCAUGGA